UCUCGCCUCUGUAGCUUUUCUGGUUUGUAUUAAGUAACCACGGGAGAUAAGCCUAUGUGUAUACAUGCUGCCAUCUACCUUGACAUUUUCUCAAGCUUUGUAACGUGGGGAGAAUAAAGAAAGACCCUUUAAGGCCGAUUUCACACUGAUUAGUGGAAGAGCAGCCAGAGACCAUGUGGAAGUCACAUGAACGUUAACGAUGAGGCGUAAACAAGAGGGAGGAAGCCUGUUGCUGUGGAGCAAGCGAGCUACUGCACAGCUACUGCCCUGCUAAUGUGAACGCACUACUGGAGAGAGGCUGAGGCCCACCUCUCUUUUACCAGGACAACCAGGGGGGCUACCCCCCGCUCCCUGCACCUCCACCCGCCACUUCCAGCACCCUCUCCUCUCCUCCUCACCUCCACCUCCACAAUCAGGAGUGCUACCCCCUCCUUGGACCUCCUCUCUUCCCCCUUAGACGACUAGGAGUGCUACGCCCUCCCUCUUCCUCUCCUCCUCCUCCUCCUCUUUCACCCCCCGGCCUGGUCAGCCCAGUGGGCUAUGAACUCUACCACCCAGCCUCCUGUAGUCAUGGACACAAGUGCAACGGUGGCAUCGGUGCUGGUUCCCCUCUUCCUCAUCACUAUCAUCGGGAUUGUGACCGCAGUGGUCCUGUACAUUCGGCGGAAGCGAAGGCUCGACCGGCUUCGCCACCAGCUGCUGCCAGUCUACACUUAUGACCCCACAGAGGAAGUCAACGAGGCAGAACAGGAAAUGCUCUGGAGGGACGAGGACACAAAGGUGGUUCAGAGCUGGGUGAGAAACUAUGCACAAGAGCGCCCUCUGCUGAUGAAGGAAGCUCAAGGAUGAGUUGGGGCUGAGGCGUGCUGGAGGUGUCUGUGCGGGUCUCCAGGGCAUGUUCUAUGCAAACCACGCGAUCAGGGACGAUGGCAGGUAUCUGUUGGAAGGGCAGGUGUGGUGUGUCAAUGCUGGCACUCUGCCAGAUAAGCUCUUGGUGUCUAUCUUCAUGCAAGGAAAUCCCCGGUGCCUGAACCCUCCUCUCCUCUCUCAUCCUCCCUGUGGUGGAUCAGGUCUCAGCACUGGGCUGGCGGGGAGGCGUGGAGGUUUAUGGGGUUAAAUAACCACUGCUGAUUCACCUUCUUGUAUAUAGUUACAGUUUUCUGUGUGUGGCACAUAUAUAUAAAGCAUUUUUUGUUUGUUUGUUGUUCCUGGAUUCUACUUGCAUCGUUUGUUGUUUUUCAUCAGUUUUUUAUUUGUUUGUUGUUUAUAUGUUUGUCAUACAUAUUUAUUUAUGGACUGUUUUUUUACCUUGUGUUUCUUGUGAUGGACUACUGCUGAAACCUACUCUGAGAAUAACAAAAGCAAAGGCAGGUAGAGAGGUAGUUUACACUGAGUAUGCACCUUACCAUAGUACAAUGGCCCUCCUGAGGCAAGGUGACCGUUGAAGUGUGUGUUUGUGCAUGAGGAAACAGAGUCUUCUGGGGUGAAGUGCUGGAGACUUUAGAAUGCAAUUCAAUUAAAUGACACACAUGACUUUUAUUUUCCCAUUAUGAUAAUCACAUCUUCGGCUGUUGGAAUGAGGAAUCAUAUCCAUAUGACUUGCAACUGCGUGCGUGCGUUCAUGCGUACUUGUGUGCAUACGUGCGUGCCUGCGCGCACACAUGCAAGAUCUGGGAUAGAACAGGACGUAUGUGUGUGUGUGUGCAUGGUACGUGCAUGCACAUGUUGCAUGUAGUCCAGAUGAGCACAUAUUUGGGUCAUAGGCCAUCCAGACUCUGGGGUUACCUCAGGACAAACUCCCCUGAAGGACUCCUCUCUUUUUCCUCUUUCUUUCUUUUAUUGGCCCCUAGCUGUCUCCUCGCGUGUCUUGUCCGUACCCGCUGCUGUGUGGGCUAGUAAAGUGUUGUGUGUGACUAGUAGUGGAGGAAUGUCCUGCUGAGGGGUAUGGGGUGUGUGUUGUGCCGCUCAUAGCCUCAAAAGGACGCACGCUGCCUGGUUUGGCCUGCACCAGAGCCAACAUCCGUUAUCCUCCCUCCUCUGCCAUACAUACCAGUUGGAUGAGUGGACUCAACCCUCAGGAAAUGCCCCUUCUGUGAGGAAGGACGAAGAUGUCAAGAAAAAACAAACCAAACGUCCAGAAAUCAUCAUAAUUAAGUGACUCACCUUGGACGAAAACCCUCCUCCAGCCCUUUUCACUUCCUCUCUUAAAUGGACACGAGAGCCGUGAAUGCUCAUUUGGAAAAUGAAACCAAAAAAAUGUGGACUUGAUUUUUUUUUUUUUUAAAGAACCAAGAAUUUGUAGUUUGGCUCCCAUGGUGGUCAGAUAGAAGUUAUAAUGGAGCUAGUUGAGGUGAACCUAUGGGUCUGUAUGAGAAACAUGUAAAAUGUCUUGAAUGAAGCCUAAGCUACUGUAUGUGAAGGCAGUGCUGCCUGUGCUAUGCUGUCUGUGCUGGUCCCCUGCUGAGCUGUACUGUGCUGUAGCGUUCUGCCAACGUGCUGCUGUGCUGUGCUGUGCUGUGCUGUGCUGGAUGAGCUUAUAUAGCUCCUCUCCUAUUAGCAGUGUGUUUGUGACAGAUUAUACACACCUGAAGAGGCCUGAACACCCUGGUCCAACGCAGGAAAUGUACACAUGGCCAAGCCUUGCUAAACCCGAAGCAGGGAUGGGUAACCUGGAUUUAUGAACUAUAAUCCAGUGCCACAUGUUCGGAAUGUGCUGCUUUUACCUUUCCCUUUUCAACUAGGUGAUUCAUGCCUGGUUGAAUGAUUGCUUGGCUGAAUUGGACAGGUAAAACCAGGCCAUUUGGAAUAUGUGGCACCGGGUUGUAACUAAUGCAUCCAGGUUGCCCAUCCCUGCACCCACAGUACAUAGUAUGAGAUUUAUUGAUUGAACCUGCUGGCUUGAGACAAAAUGUGAGAAAUCAAAUGACCUCCGAGUGAAUUGGUUGUGAGAUGCAUCCAGCAGUUUACAUGUCUCCAUUUGUGUUACAAGUCUGACCGAUAAGAAGGUCAAAGUAGUUUUGAGCUCGGCUGUACUUUGCCAUUUUUGACGUGUGCAAUACUUAAGCUAUAACGGAAAGAUAGAUCAUGCUUUACUUGACGUACCUCAUAUCUUUAUCAUCUUUUUUAUUUGAAUUUCUCAUGAACCGACACUGGCACUGUCUUUGUCUACAUUUGCUGAUGCAACUGUUUUGAAUUGCUCUGGCACAUCUUAUAAACCCAUUUUUACGUUACUGAUUGACUUUAUUUUCUUACUGGCAAUGUGUAACAAUAGAUAUUUUACCUGAACUUUAAAUUGUUCUUAUUUUUAGGUUGACUCGUGUUAUGUAGAAUGCUUUUGGAAAAAGUAAAGGUUUUGAAUGACGUCUUGCUUGGCUUUUUGCUCUUGCUCUGCUCCUGGGUGUGGUUGCAUGAAGCCAGUAUUACAACUUUUACUUUGGUGUACAUCUUCAUGUUUGCAUUGAAGUGUUUCUAUAUAUUAAGUAACAAUAGAAAAUGUCUAUUAAUCAGCAGCAAUGACGGAAAGGUUAUACCUGUUUAUUAUUGCUAGCAGUGAUUGAAUGGAUUUGUCAACGCACUUCAUACUGGAGAUGUGUAAUUUCACUCUUGUAACAGCUUUGUCAAAGCAAUAUAGUUGUUCUCCGUGGACAUUUCAUGACAGACUUCGCUCAGAGAAUCCUUUCCCUUUUAAUGCAUAUGACACUUGAAGUUUUAUAUGAAUGGUGGAUGUAUGCAAUAAUAAAUAAAAAGAUCAUUGUUUGUAAA